AAAGACCUUCAGCAAAUGGAGAAAGAAUCCAAUUCAACCUUUCAAUUUCCUCCAGGUUUUAGGUUCCACCCAUCAGAUGAAGAACUCAUAAUUCAUUACCUGCAAAACAAGGUGACUUCGCUUCCGCUUCCAGCACCGGUGAUUGCCGAUAUAGAUCUGUACAAGUAUAAUCCAUGGGAGCUACCCAAGAAGGCUUUAUCUGGGGAAGAUGAGUGGUAUUUCUUCAGUCCAAGAGAUAGAAAAUAUCCAAAUGGUGGAAGACCAAACAGGGCAGCAGCUUCUGGUUAUUGGAAAGCAACAGGAACCGACAAGCCUAUACUUGCUUCUGGGGAAUCAAGGAGCAUAGGAGUCAAGAAAGCUCUCGUCUUCUAUACUGGUCGCCCAACCAAGUCGGCCAAGACAGAUUGGAUCAUGAAUGAAUACAGGUUGCUCGACACAGUAAUCAAGCCAUCAAGGUUCAAAGGGUCCAUGAGACUGGAUGAUUGGGUGCUAUGCAGAGUGCGACAAAAAGCAAAAGUACCUAAAAAGAACGUUGAAAACCAAGAUAGACAAUCACCUGAAGCACCAAGGUACUCCCCAGAGAUUGAGGCAGCACAACCUGCAUGCACAUACUUCAAUCCUGAUAUGACCGUGGAUCAUCUGUUCAAAGAUUGCCAAGUCAUAGCAUACCUGCUGGCUGGGAAAGCUCCACCUGACAUGGAAACCAUCUCUAAUGUAAGUGUUGAAGGCAGCAAGAAUGGUAACAGUGUGAACUCAGUUUAUCAUGAAAGUUCUAAUAAUAUAGAUUCUCCAAGUAAUGUGUAUUCAACAAGCAAUUGUGUCGACACAUUAAAAAGGAAAGCUUUUGAGGAGAAUGAGCAUAGCAUAUGCGCUAAGGACAGCAGGAAGCAAAACAAAAACAGAAGCAAUGACGAUUCAAUUGGCAAGACAGUAGCUGGUGAUGAUACAAAUGGGUACAGCCACAUCCAGUAUCAGAAGAACAUGUUCACCAUGAUCCCACCAAAUUCCAUGAUUGACUUCCAGGAACUUAACGAUCUAGCAUAUAUUAGACACUUACAGCAAUGAAGCACAUAACUGGCAGGAGGACAUGACUUUCCUGAAGGUGGUCAUUUAGGAGGCAAAAUCAGGGUGUACAGCAAAAGUUGUAGACAAAGCAUGCAAAAUCAAGAUCCGCAGUUCUACAUUUGCAUGUUAUACAUAUUUCUGAGAUUAUUAUAAUUGUAUCAUGAAACUGGAAGUGGAUAUAUGUGAACUGUAAGCUCACUAUAUAUGUUACCCAAUAAAAUGGUAAUGUGAUGAAUGCAAGUAAA